CUUCACGUUGAAGAAGGGGAUUUCAACGUCUUCGGUGGGGACGAGACGUACAAGAAAGUAAUGAAGCGCGCUGAGCAUUUUAGUUUCGUCUUGAAGUGCUUUCGAAAGAAAACGUCUCUUACUUUCACGUUGAGCGCGAGAUAUGCGUAAUUUAAAAAAGUGAUUAAUAAAAAACAAAAAUUUUUUAAGGUUUAUUUAAAGAUGAUCCAUUUAAUUUUCAUCUUAAUAUUUGUAACAUCACCAUCAAAUUCACAAAAUCAUCAAGAUUUAGUGCGAGGUUUCGCUUUAAAUCCAGCUGAAAUCAACAACAUUUAUUUCAACCCAACUAAUUUUAAUUACAAAAAAGAUUUGCCACCUCAGCCUUUAAUACGACCGGAAGCGACGAUCGAAGAAACAGUUCACGAAGUUGAAGAGUUAAUAAAAAAAGAUCCAAAACUACCACGUUUAACCCGCGGAGAAAUCGUAGAUAUCAUUGAGAAUAUAACAAAAAUCGGCGAUGGGGCUGUGAAGAAUUAUCGAGAUGAAGGAAAAAGAGCUUUAAUGGUUGUGAUGCCUUUUACAGCGGGAAGUGCUCAAGGUGAUGAUAUAAAAGAGUUGUACACAAGAACUCCGGUUACAAGGAUAAUUGGAAAUGAAGAUAAUAAAAAUAACGAUGCGGAGAAAGUACGGGGGAAGAAAAAAAAACCUCCGAGGAAGUGGGAAAACGAAGUUUUCGAAAACGAUGUUCCAAAAUUUCAAUAUUUACCGAGCACGACACAAAAAAGUUCCAUCACAAAAUCAAAACCGGCGAGUUUCUCUUUUAUGACUCAACUAAAUAAUAACAUAAAACCAAUCAAUUUCGAAAAAGAACGUGUUAAAACUGAAACCACAACAAUAAAAAAUUCAUUUGAGCCCGAUGUAAAACAUACAAAUCAUAAUUAUGAAAUGAACUCUGGAAUGCGAGUGGUCGCUCCUUCGUUUUUAAUGACGAUGACCGAUGAUGGUUAUUCAGUUCCUUAUGUUGUCCGAAGAAAACCGCAAAUUCAACCUGAAGUAACUAUAGAAGAAGUUAAAAUUACCCCCGAUAUGUAUGGGGAUACACCAAUACCAAAACCGAAAGAAAAUUUUAAAAUAACAACACCAAAAAUGUUUAUGGAUCAAAAUAAAUUUUAUAUGCCAAAACUAUCAGUAACAACACCAACAACUUCAACAAGAACGACAAUGACAACAACAACUGAAAUGAAUUUAAUAAAAGAAAUUAAUAAAAUCGAAGAAAAUGAAUUAAUAAGUAUUAAAGAAAAUAAAAAAAGUGAAAAUAAAAAAGAAGCUUCAGUUAUUUUAGAUGAAAUUUCAAUUCCAAACCAUUACAAAGGUGUAAUUAAAGAUUUAGAUUUAUUAAUAACCCCCGAAAACGACAAAAUUCCUUUCACCCAACAAAUAUUAAAACCUCUCCAUCAAGACGAUUCAUUAAAAACACCUUCAACAUCCCCAAUUCCCGAUAUAUCAAACGUCGCGAAUAACUUAUCACCGGAAAUGAAAGAUCUCCUAAUGAGUUUUGGUUUAAUAAAUAAACCAUCGUCCAAAAAACCCGAAUCAUCAACAACAACCGAAGAAAUUCCUUACAUUCAAAAUGUUCAAAUCAACCCACAAUCUUACGUUAGAUUUAAACCGCUCCCAAAAAGUUCUGGUCGAGAUGAUAUGGAGGAAUUAUUAUCGAGAUUUGGAUUGGGACGAAAUCGAAAUGAAAAAGCUAUUGAUUUUGAUAAAGAAAAGAAAACCAUGAAGAAAACAUCGGAAAUUUCCGAUUUAGAUGUAAUCCCCGAUAACUUUAAAAACGUCGUUAAAAAUUUAGGGUUCAAUGAAAAUACGAUAAAAAAUAUUAAUCAAGGCGAAAAACACAUUUUUAAACCAACGAAAUUAAAUAAUACCGAAGAAGAAUUGAAAAAGCUCGGAAAAUUAUUGAAUAUGAUUAAAGAUUUAGAAGAAAUGAAAGGAAAUAUUACCGAAGAUAGUCUUAAAGAUUUCGAUUCGGAAACUUUAAAGGAAUUGAUCGGGGAUAUUAAUGGAAAUUUAGAUACUCGAGAAAAUUUUUUAGAUCCCAAUUCAAUUCAACUUAAUUACGAUGAUCAAUUAAAAAAAGAUUUUAAACGUCAAAAUGAAAAAUCCAACAUCGUUACUGUUACUCCAAGUACACUUUUUAAUAAUCCAACAACCACAAAUUCAUCGAUUGAGGAAAAUUUAACAGAAAGUUUAACAACAGAAAAUUUAACAUCGCAAAAUACAGAAUCUACAACAGAAAAUGUUUUUGUAGUUUCUAGCAUUCCCGAUGAACCAAAACAAAGUGGUUUGGAAGAUUUAGAAUCAUCGUUUGGAAAUGUGGAACCACAAUCUUCAACGGAAGAAAUCACGACUACUACAACACCAAGAACUGGGUUUUAUUACUUAUUAGAUUGGAAUACUUUCUUAGAAUUGGAUAAUCAAAAUGGGAAAAGGGUAAAUUUACGCUUUCAACCUCACGCGGGAAAUCCAAAUUAUUUUAUAAACGUCCAAGUGCCUUAGUUAAUUUAUAAAAAGACUGGUUAAUGUUAAGUUUUUAAUUUAUUAUGAAUUGUUUUUGUUUUUAAACUUUCCAAUAAGAGAAAUUUUAUUGUUAGGUAUCACCUUGGUUAUUUACUGUGACUGAAACGAAUAAAGAAAAAUGAAAACCAACA